AUGGCAGCCGCUGGAGACUCAAUCUUGGCUCUUACUGGAAAAAGAACAACCGGUCAAUCUAUCCGAACUCAAAAUGGUCAGUUUGAUGAAUUUCGUGUUGAAUUCUUCAAUUUUCAAAAUUUUAGUUACUGCCGCAGUUGCAAUUGCCAAUAUUGUAAAAUCAUCGCUCGGACCAGUUGGUCUUGAUAAAAUGCUUGUUGAUGAUGUCGGAGAUGUUAUUGUUACUAAUGACGGAGCCACAAUUCUCAAACAAUUGGAAGUUGAACAUCCAGCUGGAAAAGUUCUCGUUGAACUUGCGCAACUUCAAGACGAAGAAGUUGGUGAUGGUACAACAUCGGUUGUUAUUGUUGCUGCUGAGCUUUUGAAAGGAGCUGAUGAACUUGUCAAAAACAAAUUGCAUCCAACAACAGUCAUCAAUGGAUAUCGUUUGGCUUGUAAAGAAGCGGUUAAAUAUAUCCAAGAAACUUUAUCUUUCACCUCUGAUUCUCUUGGACGUCAAUCGAUCAUAAAUGCCGCCAAAACAUCGAUGAGCAGCAAAAUUAUCGGCCCGUAAGUUUUUCUCACGACUUAUUUUUCGAAAUGAUUUUUUUAAAAAUGUUUCACGUUUUCAUUUUUUACACUGUUUAACGUUUUUAAAAUUAAAAUUUCUAAUUUUUCCAAUUUCAGAGACUCGGACUUUUUCGGAGAGCUCGUCGUUUCUGCUGCUGAAGCUGUCAAAGUUACUGAUUCCACUGGAAAAGUUACAUACCCAAUCAACGCUAUCAACGUUUUGAAGGCACACGGUAAAAGUGCUAGAGAAUCAGUUUUGGUGAAAGGAUAUGCUCUUAAUUGCACUGUUGCUAGUCAAGGUAAAUGAUUCUUCUUCGAGAUUCAGAACAACAACAAUAAACCAAUAUUUCAGCUAUGCCACACCGAAUUCAAAACGCUAAAAUUGCUUGCCUCGACUUCUCUCUUCAAAAAGCCAAAAUGCAUCUUGGUAUCUCAGUUGUCGUUGAAGAUCCAGCCAAACUUGAAGCAAUCAGACGUGAGGAAUUCGAUAUCACAAAGCGAAGAAUUGAGAAAAUUUUGGCUGCUGGAGCUAAUGUUGUUUUGACAACCGGUGGAAUUGAUGAUUUAUGCUUGAAGCAAUUUGUCGAAUCUGGAGCAAUGGCUGUUCGUCGUUGUAAGAAAUCAGAUUUGAAAAGAAUCGCCAAAGCCACUGGAGGUAAAUUGAAUUAUAAAAUUUGUUAAAAAAAAAAGCCAACACCUAUAUUUGCAGCUACGUUGACUGUUUCAUUGGCUACACUUGAAGGAGAUGAAGCUUUUGAUGCAUCACUUCUUGGAAAUGCUGAAGAAGUUGUUCAAGAAAGAAUCAGUGACGAUGAAUUGAUCCUUGUUAAAGGUCCAAAAUCUCGUACCGCCAGUUCAAUUAUUUUGAGAGGAGCUAAUGAUGUUAUGUUAGAUGAAAUGGAAAGAUCAGUUCAUGAUGCUUUGUGUGUUGUUCGAAGAGUUUUAGAAUCGAAAAAAUUAGUCACCGGAGGAGGAGCUGUUGAAACUGCAUUGAAUGUAUGGUUGGAGUCAUUUGCAACAACUUUAUCAUCACGCGAACAAUUGGCUGUUGCUGAAUUUGCAAACGCUCUUCUUGUUAUUCCAAAAGUUUUGUCAGCAAAUGCAGCCAAAGACUCGACAGAAUUAGUAUCGAAAUUGCGAGCUUUCCACGCAAAAUCUCAAAAACAAGGAGAUCUUCAACAUUUGAAAUGGUAUUUUUGAUAGGUUCCCUGAAUAUUAAUCAAGUUCUAUUUAUAGGGCUGGACUUGAUUUGGAAAAUGGAAUUAUUCGUGAUAACAAGGAAAGCGGUGUUCUCGAGCCAGCACUCAGCAAAGUCAAAUCGUUGAAAUUCGCCACUGAAGCAGCUAUCACUAUUUUGAGAAUUGAUGAUUUGAUCAAAUUGGAUAAACAGGAACCAGCUGGUGGACACGGAGACGAAUGCGGAGCAUAA